UCAAAAGCCAGUACCCAGUUGUGGUGUGUUGUUCAUAAGCAUCCAUGGCGAGUCCUAUGACGCCAUCACAUGUUGUUAUUGCCUAUGAUGCCACCAAGGACCGCGGUAGGCAGGAGCUUAAGCUCACCCUUGAUGCUGUGAGGAUGAGGGGUGACAUUUUAAAGGCCGGCGACACCAUUGUUGUGCUUGGAGUCUUGCACAGGGUGGUUCAUCCAAUGGGAUAUAAUGCGAAACCAUACCCAGAAUUCUUUGGAACAAGCUUUCGUGCAGUGGAGGAAGAAGUUACAAAGAAAGUUGACAUGUAUGUUAACAUGCUUCUUGAAAGUGCGGAAAAGUGUGAAGAACAUGGGGUCAGCAUAGAAGUCAAAGUUACUGCUGGUUAUCCCAUCAAACGGGUUAUCUCGCAAGAGAUAAUGGCCUGUAAUGCAGCUUGGGUUGUACUUGAUAGGCACAUCAGACGGGAUUUAAGCUUCUACCUUAAGCAAAUACCUUGCAAGGUUGCAUUAAUUCAAGAUAGCUUAACUGUGGAAGUUUUGAGACCUCAUACGACAGAUGAUACUGAUACUAUAGAACAUAAAACGUUCUUUUCUUUGUCCAAGCCUGUUCCACUAUCAAUUUUCCUAGCUACUGGAAACUAUGAGCAGUCAAUCAUUACGUGUUCAGGUUACUCUGUAUCUGUUGGUCUGGAAAGCUCAGAAAUGCCUAAGCCCAACUUGACGCCUCCAUCUACAUAUCAGCCAAGAGAGUAUAGUUCUUCAUUAGAUAUAGGGACUUCUUCUAAGAAUGAAAAUUCAGGCAUACAAACCAAAGGAGACAUCAUUCAAUAUUCUACUUUUCAAAUUGUCCAGAAGCAAAAUAAAAGUUUCUCACGGCAGAGAACCUCAGAUGGGCCAAUUCUUUGUUCCAUCUGUGGAACGAGGACUGAAAUGUAUAUCAAAGAUUCUAUGAUAUUUAGUUACUUAGAGAUACAGAUUGCAACGAAGGAUUUUUCAAACGAAAACUUAAUAGGAGAAGGCGGAUAUGGUCAUGUAUAUAAAGGUAAGCUUAAGGCCGGACAGGAGAUUGCAGCAAAGGUGCGGAAAGAGGCAAGUAAACAGGGAUUCAAAGAAUUUCACUCUGAGGUCUAUGUCUUGAGUUUUGCACGCCACAAAAACAUUGUAAUGCUGUUGGGUUAUUGUUGCAAGGAAAACCAAAAUAUCUUGGUGUAUGAGUAUAUUUGUAACAAAUCUCUCGAGUCGCACUUAUUUGAUGAAAAAGCAGAAGUUCUUGAAUGGCACCGUAGGCAUGCUAUUGCCCUUGGAACUGCAAAAGGCUUACGUUUCCUGCAUGAAGAAUGUCGCGGAGGUCCUAUCAUUCAUCGAGACAUGCGACCAAGCAAUAUACUGCUCACACACGAUUAUGUUCCAAUGUUAGGUGAUUUUGGCCUAGCUAAAUGGAAGACCAAUGAUGAUCUUGAAAGUACAAGGAUACUUGGGACAUUAGGCUACCUUGCUCCAGAGUAUGCAGAGAAUGGUAUUGUUUCUGUAAGAACAGAUGUAUAUGCAUUUGGCAUGAUUCUGUUACAACUCAUAUCCGGGCGCAAGAUUGUAGACGGAAAUGGAGAAGAACCAACUGAAUCCCUGCGGGAGUGGGCAGAACCAUUGAUACAUAGGCUAGCACUACAUGAACUCAUCGAUCGUCGUCUUGGAGAUUCAUACGAUACUUACGAAGUGUACCUUAUGGCUAAAGCCGCAUAUGUGUGUGUGCAAGAAAGCGCUGAAAAGCGUCCAUCAAUGGGAGAGGUUGUCCGUAUACUCGAAGGAGAAAAUGACCAUUUCCACCACCUAGGAGAGCACUUUGUACCUCAGUGUGGGAAGUGAAGGGUAAAUGGCAAACUUCUUCAUUUGGCAGAUGGU